AUCAACAGAGCGCCCCCAUCGAUCCAUUUUUUCACCCUCCUCCCCUCACGCGCUCCGUCGACGAACCUAGCACGAAUCUCGUCCCAUGGACGCAGCUGGCGCCGGCUCCUCCUCCAAGCCUACCCCCACCAGGCCUCGUCUCGCUGUGCGCGUUCGUGGGCGGCCUUCAUCAAUCCUGUCGCGGGCAGACCCCGCUGAAUGGCGGUCCCGUCCCGCAGUAUCAUGGACCGUGGAGAACAACUAUGAGGACUUCUCUGGCCGUCGCAGGGCGCUCGUCGGAGCCCUCACCAAAGGUAAGGAGCGAAUGUGCUUGUUCGGGUACCCGGACGGGAAAUGGAGUUUGACGCUCCCUGAGAAGAUGCUGCCGCUGGGCCUGCCGGAGCCGAAACUAGGCAUCAACCGCAGGCCAGAAUAUAUGAACCGUUAUGACUACCUGUCAUUCAUCGCUCGCCACUCCGACUCAUGGCUCAUGGGCGUCGCCUUAUUCUUGACUACUCUUCUCAACGCCAAACAAAAGUACGUUACUACAAAACUACUACUACUACUCCUGCUGCCUCUGCUACUUCCUUUGAAAACAUUUUUGUUAUGA